CGCAACUCGAAAGUGGACUGGUGAAGAUCCGAAGGAUGAUGUCUGUUCCUGGACCAACCACCAGUGAGGCUACUGCUACCACUUCAAGCUCUUCUUCAUGGAUCAACAAUCAAAAGGACGAUACUACCCUCCUCCCUCCCCACACCCACAACAAUAAGCUAGAAGAGAGCGAUGAGGAUCUUUUCACAGUCCCAGACGUGGAAGCCCGAUCGUCUACUGUCAAUAAGCAUACGGAGGAGAAGCGCCGAAAGGGACGGAACCCUGUUGAUAAAGAGUACCGAAGGCUCAAGAGGUUGCUGAGGAAUAGGGUGUCUGCCCAACAAGCCAGAGAAAGGAAGAAAGUGUACGUGAAUGAGCUGGAAUCGAAGGCCAAGGAAUUGCAAGAGCACAACUCAAAAUUAGAUGAAAAAAUUUCUACCUUGAUCAACGAAAACGCCAUGCUUCGAAAGGUCCUUAUGAAUACGAGGCCUAAGGUUGAUCAAAGUACGGAAGGCAAAGAUUGAUCAGUAGUGCAAAGGUUCAAUCAGGCUGCAAUCACAUUUAAUUGUCUGUCUCUAGAAAUUACAUUUAUAAUUGGAUCAAAAUUAGACAUAAAUGGUAGCAUCAACAUUUAUAUAAAGAAUUAUAUGGUGUCUGAUGCUUAGAUUAAUUAUUAGUUGAUGGAGGAAUAAUUUAUUUUCAAUAUAAUAUUUAUGAAGAAUCUAUGGUAAUAUUAAUUUUCAUAA